UUGUCUUUGAAGUUUAUACACACAAACAUUGGAUUUGAUACAUAUCAAGACUUAUCAUCAUCAUGAAUCAUAAUAGGCUUUCUGAGGAAGGAGAAAGUAUUCAUCUAGAAGUUGGUGAACUGCAGAGGCUAAGCGAGAUAACAAGCACAAGCCCCACCACAAUGUUUGAGCCUCGUGGCCUUAACAGUAUUGAUAAGAAAGACAGUGGUUCUGGUUCUGGUGCUGGUGCUUGUGUUUCUCCAACAGAAGUUAGAGCACCAGAAAAGAAGCUUACCCUCUUUGCUCUGAGGCUUGCAGUGCUUGAAAAAACAGCAACUGGCCUUGGAACUCUUGGUUUUAUAUGGGCAACCGUUGUUCUUCUUGGUGGUUUUGCUAUUACCUUAGACAAAAGCGAUUUUUGGUUCAUCACCGUCAUUCUCUUGAGUGAGGGUACAAGGAUUUUCAGCAGAAGCCGUGAACUUGAGUGGCAACACCAAGCCACAUGGUCUCUUACUGAUGCUGGAAUCAAUAGCUUCAGGAUGUUGAGGUCCAGUUCUAACUUCCUCUUUCAAAGCAUUAAGAGCCUUUGGAGGCCAAUUGCUGAAGUUAAAAAGCAAAGUCAAAGUAGGAGAGACUCGUUGGAGUCUACUAUGGUAACCCGAAGGUAUAAUGAUACCAUGAGGUUAAGGACACAAACUCGAACAUGGAUUAGCUCAGAUGUUCCACUUCUACCAUAUGUUGAAUCGCUCUUCCUUUCAAGGCAUAUCAGUAGGCUUUUGUAUUGGCUUCAGCUUCUUUCUGCAACAGCUUGUGUGGUUCUCUCAUCAAUAAAGCUCAUCAAGCGUAAUUAUGGAGAAGUUGCCAAGGGAGACACUGACAAGAGGAACCGGGAAUCUGCUUUGGAUAUCUUUUAUGCAUUGGCUCUGGCAGAAGCUUUGUUGUUCUUGAUGGAAAAGGCUUACUGGGAAUGGAAAAUCACCUAUUGCAAAUUGUUGGAUGAGGUUAACAAUGAGUGUGAGUUGGGGCCAACAGGGACGGUGUCAAUUAGGAGGUUCUUUUAUGAUGCUUAUUCUAGGUGUAUCAAUGGAAGCAUAUUUGAUGGCUUGAAAAUGGACAUCGUUAGUUUUGGUAUGGAUCUCUUGGCUUCAAACUCACCUGAUGAGCAGCUGAUUGGAGCAAGAAUUCUUCGCCAAUUCGCGGUGAGUGAGAGAUUUUCAGAUGAUACACUUCAAAAGAUUGGAAUUUCCAUAUCUGUGGUAGAGAGACUAGUUGAGAUGUUGAAUUGGACAGAUGACAAGGAGGAAGAAAUUAGGCAAUCAGCUGCGGAGACUUUAUCAAAACUAGCUGGCAAGAAGCAGAACUCGCUUCGCAUAGCUGGGAUACCAGGAGCUAUGGAAUCAAUAUCAUCUCUUCUCCAAACUAACAGGAAUUCUAUACCUGCAGCUGAUGAAAUUGGAGAAAAGAAACAUGUGCUUGAUCAUCCCAAUUAUGGUUUCUGGACGUUUAACCAUUUGGGACUCCUCAUUCUGAAAAAACUUGCCCAUGAUCAUGACAACUGUGGAAAGAUUGGAAACACAAGAGGCCUACUCCCUAAGAUCAUAGAUUUCACACAUGCUGAGGAAAGGUUGCUCAAGAAUGAAAAUGUUACUCCAUCCCAAAUACUGACAGUGAAGAGAUCUCUGCAGCUGGUGAAGAUGCUUGCUAGCACAGCAGGCUCUCAUGGGAAACAUCUUCGAAGAGAGAUUUCAGAGAUAGUUUUCACAAUCAGCAAUAUCAGAGAUAUUUUAAGGCAUGGAGAGAAACAUCCCUUGCUACAGAAACUGAGCAUAGAAAUUUUGACCAGUUUGGCAUUGGAAGAGGAGGCAACGGAAAGGAUUGGGGGUACAGGUGGAGUACUUAAAGAAUUGUUCAACAUAUUUUUCAAACAUUUCAUGCCUGAAAAGAAAGAUCUAACUAGUGUUGCUGCUGAGGCCCUAGCAAUGCUGGCAUUACAAAGCAAGAACAAUUGUCAUCGGAUUUUGAAGUUGAGAGUACUGGAAGAGCUGGUAGAAACAUUGAGAGUUCCACAGCUUCGCAUCAAUGCUGCUAGAAUUCUAAGAAAUUUAUGCACCUAUAGUGGAACAGAAUACUACAACCAGCUAAAGGGGGUUACAGUUGCAGCACCCGAAGUAAGUAUACUUCAGGCAAUCAUGUCAGAAGAAAACAAGCUACAAGAAGUGAUGAUUGGACUAGCAGCAAAUGUUUUCGCAUUCAUGACUUCCACUGAAUCAAGAACUGUAUUUGAAGAAUGUGGAAUCACUGAAGCUGAACUGGCAUAUAAAUUAAUCCAGAUUCUCAAAAACCAUCAAUAUCCACCAACUAAGGUCCCAAGGAUAAGGAGGUUCGUGAUAGAGCUGGCGAUUUGGAUGAUGAAAGACAAAGCAGAAAACAUACAUACUUUUAAGGAUCUUCAAAUGGAGGAGGUGCUAGAGGGUGUCUUAGAGACCACAUCAGAGCUUGAAAGUUUUAAUGUUUUCUCCGGUAGUGUGGGACUGAGCCGGCACCAUCUAACAGUUCACUCACUGGUUGAGACAGCAUUGGAGUUGCUGGAAGAUAGGUAAAAUAACAAUCAAACACAGAACCAUAUUGCAAAAUUUGUAAACCAUGUUGACUCACAGCAACCAUUGUAAUAGUAUACUUGUACAUAUAUGUUUGCUUGGGCUGGAAAGCUAGCCAGACUCAAUAACUUAUUCAUUAAUUUUUUUAAAUUUUUUUUAU